AAGAUUUUGGAGCCUGCAAGCAGCUACUUCGACGAGGAUCUCAGGUAUCUGAGGUUCUGCGGCGGUCACAGCAGCAAGAAAACGUUUGACGGUGAGAUCCAGAGCCCCGGCUUUCCGGCACUUUAUCCGAAAAAUGUCACCUGCAACUGGCUGAUUAGAGUGGAUCCGGGCAAAAAAAUUUACAUACGUGUCCGGUACCUUGAACUCUCGCCAACUAUGGCAGAAUGCGAGAGGGCAUCAUUAUAUGUAAUUGACGGUUAUCGCUACGAGUCGCCUGAUUUAAUGAGGAAGGAUGAGGGAAGCCAAGUGAAGUUUUGCGGUAGCCAGCUGUACUACACUGAGGAAGGCAUGAAAUCAUAUAUGUCCACUGGCAAUCGCCUUAUCGUUAAAUUCGUGACCAAGGAUAGUCCCAGUCCGUCGCUGCUCGCGAAGUACGAGGACGAAGGCAAACCGAUCGGUUUUCGCCUUGUGUGGACUGAAGUUGACGACCAGCUUUCCGAUGGACAAGGCUUUGCAUGCAAAGGCGGCGAAUUAUGCAUCGAUAAUGGCCAGAAUAUUUGCGCUAGCCGAAGUCAAUUAUGCAUCGAUAAAUCGCUUACUUGUAACGGUAUUCACAACUGCGCUGAAAACGAUCACAGCGAUGAACAGGACUUGAUAUUGUGGCAACGAGCCCGGAUCCGGAGACGUGUUGAGAAAAGGAAACGUGAACAGCUGGAAGCAGCUACAAUCACUGAUAGCAACGGUAAAAAUGCAGUGGUUUGGGAGCCAACAAAUUGCCGAAUAACAGAUCUCGAUUCGCCAAGCAUUCAGCAACAUUGCCCCCAUCGUAACCUCUGUCAACAUCACCACCACCACCAUCAUCAGCAGCAACAACAACAAAAUCACUUCAUCCUUCCAGAAAUGAAUACAUUCCGAUCAGCACUUUUAUGA